CAACCGAUGUCCCUGAUCCCCAGCGACAGACCACGGGGCUAGUCCGUCGGUCUGGCCGCGGGCACAGCUCGCCCCAGUGCCGCCAGCGCCGGGCCGGGGCGGGGCGGGUGGCGCUGGCUGGGCGCAGCGGCGCUCAGACCUGCAGUCCCGAGACGUGUCAGAUGCGGGCAGCGGGGAAAGCGCAAGCCCCCGCCUGGCCGGUGUUGGCUCAGUGGGGGGCGGGGCAGGCGCAGACCCCGAGCCCCGCCCCUGGUGGAACCCGGGACACGCCCCCCGCCCCGCCCGCAGUAGGGGGCGCUGUUCGCGCGCGGCGAGGCGCCCGUGACCCGUUCUCGGUGCGGGGGCUGGCUCCCGGCAUGCACUUCGCCCGCCCAGCAUGGCCGCGCCGCCCAGCCCCGGCCCCGUCCCCUAGCGCGCGGCGCCGGGACUCUGCCCAGCCCGGAGCGGGAGCGGAGCUCGGCCGGGCCGGGCCGGGCCCGCUGGAGAAGCCCCGCCCGGGGGGGCCAUGGCCGAGCGGGCCGCUGCCCAGGCAUCGGAAUGGGACACAGAGGUACAAGCUCCCCUUAUCCCAGAUGUAAGUUUUGUGAAAGAAACCCAGCUGCAGACUGCAGCUAUUUCCUUGUGGACUGUGGUAGCUGCUGUUCAAGCUGUGGAGAGGAAAGUGGAGUCUCAUGCUAUGCGAUUGCUGAAUUUGGAGCGGAGAUCAGGGGCAGCUGAGAAGAAAUUUGUGGACUGCGAGAAAACAGUGGUAGAGUUUGGUAACCAAUUAGAAAGUAAGUGGGCUGUGCUGGGAACUCUGAUCCAGGAGUACGGGCUGCUGCAGAGAAGACUGGAGAACAUGGAGAACCUGCUGAAGAACAGGAACUUCUGGAUCCUAAGAAUUCCCCCUGCUAGUAAAGGAGAAGACCCAAAGGUCCCAAUGGCGUUUGAUGAUGUCUCAAUCCAAAUUCCCCGGGAGAAGUGGGAGAAUUUGGAAGAGUGGCAGAAAGAGCUUUACAAGAAUGUGAUGAAGGGCAACUAUGAGUCUUUGAUCUCACUAGAUCAUGCCAUUUCCAGGCCUGAUAUUUUAUCGCGGGUUGAACAAGGGGAAGAGCUAUGUGCUGGGGAGCCGCAGGACUUGGAAGUGAGAGAGAUCCCUACAGAGUCGACCACAGAUGUCAUUCACGACUUUCCACCUGCCCCAGGUACUUCGGUCUCUGCCGGUCCCAGCACAGAAUCUCCCAUUUCUACCACGGACAUUAUGUCAUGGAUUAAACAAGAAGAGGAGCAGAGCAUACGGGCUCAAGCGAAUGCUAAGGAACGAGAAACGCAUAGAAGUACCUGCACCACAGAUGAUAGGAUCUUGGUCAAACAUGAGGACCGUCCUGAGGAGAGAGGUCCUGUGAACCAGGAACUGCCUGUGACCUUAUCAGGAAGAUCAGAAGCAUGCGUUUUCCAGGUAGCCAGCUGCGAAAAUCAGCCCAACUCAAACAUGCAGCUCAUCUCAAACACAGCCCCUACAGCAAACAAUCUGGGGGAAUCCACUCAAGGUGAAACAGAGUUUGGUCAGUUUCCAAACGUCACCGCCCAACAGGGAAGCCAACUGGGAGAGAGACCAUAUUUGUGCAGUGAGUGUGGGAAGUGCUUCAGCCGGAAAGACAUCUUCAUAUCACAUCAGAGAACCCACACAGCCGAGAAACCCUAUUCCUGCUCCGAGUGUGGGAAAAAGUUUGCCCAGCAAUCCAACCUGAACAACCACUUCCGGCUCCACACAGGUGAGAGGCUUUAUGUGUGUUCACAGUGCGGGAAGAGCUUCAUCCACCAGUCCAGGCUCACCUACCACUACAGAGUCCACACGGGAGAGCGGCCCUACAUGUGCACAGAGUGCGGGAAGGGCUUCACUGAGCAAUCCAAAUUAACAAACCACUAUCGAAUCCAUACAGGCGAAAGGCCGCACACUUGUGCCGAGUGCGGGAAGAGCUUCAGUUUGAAGAUAAGCCUUAUAAUUCACCAGAGAAACCACGCCAAGGAAAGGCCUUAUGAAUGCACUGAAUGCGGCUUAAACUUCAAUUGUCACUCAGGACUCAUCAGGCACCAGAUGAUUCACACGGGGGAGCGACCCUAUAAAUGCACAGACUGUGGGAAAGGCUUCAUGCGGAAGGAGCAUCUUCUGAACCACCAGCGACUGCACACGGGAGAGAGACCCUACCAAUGUACGGUGUGCGGGAAAAGCUUUAUUCGGAAGCAUCAUCUUCUGAAACAUCAGCGGAUCCACACCGGGGAGCGGCCCUACCAGUGCGCUGAGUGUGGCAAGAGCUUUAGGUAUAAACAGUCGCUCAAAGAUCACCUGAGAAUUCAUAGUGCAGAGCAGGGGCCGCCGGAAAUUUCCCAGGGCCUUUUGCAGGAAAUAGAAACUGGGCUCCUUGAUGUUAAAAUAGAAAAUACAUGGUAGCAUGAUUGUAAAUAGUCAGUUGCCUAAUAAAAGUACAUCAGCUCCAGCAAAUUGGAAGAGGAUGUUAUCGCAUUAUAAAGGUAAGUAAAAGCAGACGUUCAAACUUCCCUCUCUUAGAGGAGCACACUCAUGAGCUUCUAAAUCCAGGAGCCCUCGAGAAGAAAGGAUCCUCCAUGUGCUCACAUGAACUCUACAAAGGGGAAGGGAAGGCAUAAACCUUGGCUCUGUGUCUGUCAAACUCAUUAUUGAGAUGAUUUGUACCUUCGUGUUGGUCUAACUCCUGUUUGAAGAUCUUCCCGGUUAAAGCUUACCUUGCUGUGCAUGUCAAUCUGUUAUACACACAAAGUGUAUACAAAUUUCUUGAAUCUUUAAUUUGAGCAGUCAAUGCUUUUCUUUAGUUCUUGGACUUUAUUUUAGGGAAAACAGGAACAAGAGAUUAGAUGUGACCCAGGUGAGAACUUUUUUUAAAAAAAUAAUAAUAAUAAUAAUCCACUUGUUUUUAAAUACCAUUAGGAUCCUGCAAUGUUUUACAGAUUAAACGCUUUCCAAAAGAGCCUCAUCAAUAUGAACCAUGUCUUGGAAAACUUGAGUGGUCACUUCUGAGAAUUCACAGAUUUAAAAAAGAAUGCAGCAGAGUUAAUGUAUUUUUUAUAAGAUAGUCAAGUGUUGUUUGCAUGCAUAACACUGCUGAUAUUAAGUGUAAGACCACUAUUUAUAAACCAAGCAUUUAUUACUUCCUGAAUUUAUUAAGUGUGGGGUUUUCUUUCUCUCAAAAAAGACAAGAUUUUUGCAAUUCCUCAGUAUUUAAAAGUCUAAUGACUGGAAACAAAAGUGGGAUUUCUGUACAUAUGGGAAACGGGAAACCUACAUAAAAAACGAUCAAAGAACUUCUGUUUUAAAGAUCCCCCCCCCCCCCCCCCGCCACUGAAAUAAUGUUGUAGUACUGUGAUCACUCCAUUAACAAAAACAUCUCCAUGCAGGAAUAUUAGUGGCCCUACAGCCUGUAAAUGGCACUGUUUAUACACCGAUUCCAGGGAGAACAUUUUUCUUUGGCUGGUAGGGAAUGUAAUUCUUCUGAGGCACUUUGUUCUCCAUGGUUUAAACAUUGAUGGACAGGGGAUGAUGUGGGUGUAUGCUUCUGUAUAGCUCUUUAUUACAUGGCUUAGUCACAUGUACAAAGUGUUAGCACCAAAUUGAGGCUUUGAUCACUUAACUUCUUGAGACUGCACAGACUGCUGCACCUGCAUCAAGCCCUGCUGAAGACAGUGAGGCUGUGUGUGGACACAACUGCCCACAUGCAGGAAGUUGCAGGAUUUGGGGCCUAAAUUUGACUGUAUAUGCACCAAGGCCUUGAUCCAGUUUCCCUUGAAGCCAAUGAGUUUUUUCCAUUGGCUUCAGUGGGCUUUGUGGCAGGCUGCUAGCAUGCUAAAAUAUAGAAAACUCAGCACAAGGACCAAAAAGACCCUGCAAUUGCGACAUUUAGUAUAGUAGUUGGGGCUUGGUUUUGGGGGGUGUUCUGAUUUUUGCUUUAUUGCUGUUUUUAGGCUUCCUAGUUAUCCUGUAAAGAACCAAAUUCCUGGGGAAAAAAAUCUCUGCAAAAAUAAGAUAAAUAUCUUCCACCAUGCUUAUGAGCUAGGCCUUCAAGAACAAAAAUUUGUGAGGGGAGACACUGAAAACUUUUUUUUUUUUUAAUUUACAUUAAUUGCAGCUGGCUGCUAAUAAGUGUUCGCAGCAGAGAAGUGCAUGCCCCUGUGGACUUAACUUGAAGUUACUGCAGUGCAUUCAGGUCAAAAACAUCUUUGUAAAGAUUAUAGUAUAUGCCGGAUGCAGGAGAAUAUUGACCUGAGGCUUAAGAGCUUCUGAGCACUGUCCAGUCCUCUCCGCAUUUGGUCUAUUAUUGGUAGUUUGAGUGAAAAGGAACAAUUUCUCAUGGGUAACUGGCCAUUCACUCUGCAGUUACAGGCGCUAUGUUCCACCGGAAGGCACGAUGGCAACAGGUUUUCCCCUUUUUUUAAACCUCAACUCACACGAUCAAGUACAGUACAUCCAUUCCUGUUUACUGCUAUUCUCGGUCUGCUCUAGAAAAUAGACGAGGAUGCAGAGAAUACCUUUCAGCAGCCUGGGGUGUAAUCAUCCUUUGAGAUAUAGUCAAUGCCAUUGUGUUAAUUUAAAUCACUGUGAACACAUCCAUACAACCUUUUAUGUAAAGUCUCUGCUUUUGUAUAAACUGCCAGCACCUGAAUAAUUUUAACAUCUUUGGCGUGAAAGCUUGUGUGUUAACUUUUAUGGACCAAUAAAUGGUACUACCGGA